AUGGCGGCGGCGGCGGGCGCGACCCGCUCUUUCUUCACCGCCCUCUUGCUCGCCUCGGGCUGCCUGGAGCCCGUACUGGGCGCGGCUGCGAACCCGGCACGGUUGGCACCACCGCCACCGGCGGCCUCGGCCUCUCUGGCCGGCAGUGCCGAGGCCGCUCCUCAGCCGCCGGGCCGCUCGGCCGCGCAACAAGGAGGAGGGGGAGGAGGAGGAGUCGACGUCGUCCAGAGCCAAGCGACCAGCACCUCGGCCGGGCCUGAGGAGAGGCUGCCGAAAGAUGGUCGGAAGAGUUUCACACGUUUAAGCAACGCAACGGAAGAAAAUGCGACGUUGCAAACUACUUCCACUUCGAGGGCGACAACUACAGUGCCAGUUCCUCCAACGCCACCAAAACCCAUCCUCCCUCUUCAGACUGGCGUUGAAGCACAGCAGGAAGAGCAGUCGAGCGGAAUGACUAUAUUCUUCAGUCUGCUUAUAUUGGCUAUUUGUAUCAUAUUGGUGCAUUUGCUGAUUAAAUACAAACUACAUUUCCUGCCAGAAAGUGUGGCAGUUGUAUCUUUAGGAAUCUUUAUGGGAGCUGUGAUUAAAAUUAUAGAAUCAGAGCACCUUGCAAACUGGAAGGAAGAAGAAAUGUUUCGUCCGAACAUGUUUUUCCUCUUGUUACUACCCCCCAUUAUUUUUGAAUCUGGAUAUUCACUACACAAGGGUAACUUUUUUCAGAAUAUAGGAUCUAUUAGCCUUUUCGCUGUGAUUGGCACAGCUAUUUCAGCUUUCGUUGUAGGCGGUGGAGUAUAUUUUCUCGGUAAGGCUGAAGUUAUAUAUCAACUCACUGUAACAGACAGCUUUGCAUUUGGUUCCUUAAUAUCUGCCGUUGAUCCAGUUGCUACAAUUGCCAUCUUUAAUGCUCUAAAUGUGGAUCCUGUUCUGAACAUGUUGGUGUUUGGAGAAAGCAUUCUGAAUGAUGCAGUUUCUAUUGUCCUUACAAACACCGCAGAAGGCUUAGCCAGAGAGAACACGUCCAAUGUGAGUGGAUGGCACACCUUUCUGCAAGCUUUGGGCUACUUCCUGAAGAUGUUUUUUGGAUCUGCAGCACUUGGAACUCUUACUGGACUUAUCUCUGCAUUGCUCUUAAAGCAUAUAGAUCUCAGAAAGACUCCAUCAUUGGAGUUUGGGAUGAUGAUAAUCUUUGCCUACCUUCCUUAUGGACUUGCUGAGGGUAUCAAGUUGUCUGGUAUUAUGGCUAUUCUGUUUUCUGGCAUUGUGAUGUCUCACUAUGCUCACCAUAACCUCUCUCCAGUUACACAGAUUCUUAUGCAGCAAACGCUGCGUACUGUGGCUUUCAUGUGUGAAACGUGCGUCUUUGCUUAUAUUGGUCUGGCUAUAUUCAGCUUUCCUCACAAGUUCGAAAUUUCAUUUGUUAUCUGGUGCAUUGUACUUGUCCUACUAGCCAGAGCACUGAAUAUCUUCCCUCUCUCCUACUUCCUGAACUUCUUUCGAGAUCACAAGAUUACGCCUAAAAUGAUGUUUGUUAUGUGGUUCAGUGGGCUACGGGGUGCAAUUCCUUACGCCUUGAGUCUACAUUUGGAGAUGAAGCCCAUAGAGAAACGCCAGCUUAUUGGGACCACCACCAUUGUUAUUGUACUGUUCACAAUUCUGGUUUUGGGCGGAGGAACAAUGCCUCUCACCAGACUCCUGGAUAUUGAAGAUCCCAAAACUCGUCGCAGAAACAAGAAAGACAUUACGCUCAGCAAAACCGAGAAGAUGGGAAACACAAUUGAAAGUGAGCACCUUUCAGAGCUAACAGAGGAGGAAUAUGAGGCACAUUACAUCAAAAGGCACAAUCUGAAAGGUUUUCUGUGGUUUGACGCAAAAUAUCUGAAUCCUUUCUUUACACGAAGGCUGACUCCAGAGGAUCUUCAUCAUGGCCGAAUCCAAAUGAAAACCCUAACCAAUAAAUGGUAUGAAGAGGUGCGUCAGGGACCAUCUGGCUCAGAAGAUGAUGAGCAAGAGUUGCUUUAGCAAACCGACAGCUGAAAGAUCCAGCUACACAACAAUCGGUUUCUAUCAGUUUACAGCAGAAGGUUGGCACUGCUUAGGUUCAAUCCACCUCCCAACAGAAUUGCAUUUUGACUUUUUUUUUUGAAAAAGGCAUAAUGUGCAAAAUCCAAAGCAAUUCUGCUGGCAACUUGGACAUUGUUCAUUGGUUCGUGCACUUUAGUUUGUUCACAUUCUGAAGAUGUAAGUUUCAACCCCGUUGGGUAAUUGAGAAAUCCUGGGAAAUGGGUUGUCCUAAUAGAUCUAAAUCACCAUUUGUGGUAAACACUGCAGUUGAUCUCAAAAUCAAAUUGAUUCACAGAGUGAUGCAGUGCCACAGAAUUUCUGGCGAUGGCACUGCUGAGCUAACUUCCUCCUUUUAUUUGCUUAGAAGCACAGCUGGAACUGUUAGGAAUCUACUAUUUUUUACGAUGAGUGAUUGAUCAUAUUUGUUUUGAUGAGUUACAAAUAAGUUAUGUUAAAGGAACAUCUUAAUUGUAUGGAACUCUAAAUCAGCUACUUGUUUUUCCAAUUAGCCCCUUAACAAACACACGCACACACAAGACUGAUAUCCUAUUCUGUUACCUGCUGAUAUUGAUGUCCAGUUGCACAGAUGUUAAGGCACAAAGAUUUAAAACUGAUCUGUAGCAAUAAAGAAGAUUUGGGUCAUGAUUUUAAUUCUAAUCCAUCUAACAAAAAUCUGAAAUAAGUGUGCAUUGUGAAGAACUGGCUUCGGACCAGAUAGAGGCAGGUUUGAAUCUUAGAUUACAAGUACCUCUAGUCUAUUGUCAGAUUGGAAUUUGUUUAAAGUUUUUAGCUGCGUUUGUGGAUUGAAGUCUUUAACAGUAAAGGCAUUAGACUUUUACAGAGACCGAACAUCUUAUAAUUCUAUUGUCUCAACUAUAAGCAUAUCUGGUGCUGACCAGUUUGAGACGAGCAUCAUCAUAAAGAGAUUCAUAGUAAGAACUUGCUGACAUUCUCUCUCGACAACGAGUCUACAUACAUAUGAGGUCUUCUGGGUAGUUGCUGUAGUACAAAAACAAAUUGCGGAUGAACAAGUAAUGGGAAAUUAGAAACUAGAAAUUAAAUAAAACAAAUCCACAAUUGUUCGUUACAAAUAUAAGGAAAACAUUCUAUGCCCUUUCUCCAUUUUCAAUUCUCCCUACUUUUAGUCAUUGGGCAAGACUGCUUUCUUGGUAUGAGUUGUCCGUCAGUGCCAAUCCUAAAGUCUUUUGCAUGUGAUGCAGGUAAUCCAAACAUGCAGGAUCUGCAAAGUUGUUAUGUAAUGACCACCUUUUGGCUUAAGUAUGCAAGAUCACUUUGUGUUGAAUUCUUACCAGAUUUAUGCUCAUUAAUUUUGCACUUUGUACUUGUAUUCAUGUUAUUUUUAAAAAUAUCUUUGCUGCUUAAAAAUCACCUGGGAAAACACGCAGAUCGGUAUUUUGUGGAAAUUUAAACUGUUUUUAUGAGAGUACUCAACAGGUCACAGGAAACUGUUAUUUGAAAUGUCUGAAAAGUUUUAUCUCUAUCUGGGUGAUAUAUUAGCUAUUUGGAUAAUUCUGUUAACUGGAAUGGUAACUUUUGGCUGUUUCCUACAUACCUCAUGGCUUUAAAGUUUUGAUAUCUUAAAUGUUGAUUUUUACACAUGAAAUCGGGAAGAAUGAGGCCCCACCUCACACAACUCAACAGUAAUCCUAAUUUUGCAUUGAAUUGGACUGUUCAUCAUUAAAAUGGGCUGUUGAUCAGUGCAAAUUGUAAUAAGUUAACUUUCAAGCUUCUCAUACAUAAUUUGGAUUUUUUAAAAAUAAACAACUGCUUUUUUUUGUGUAGUUCACAUUGAAUGAAAAUGCAAUCACUGGAAUGCAAUGUCAGUUGCAAAGCAAUCAUUGUUUAUUACUUAUCUCAAUUUUUUAAAAAACUUUAAGCAAAUCUCCCUUGGUGUUCAUUGGAUUAGUUAAAGAUAAUUAUUAGCUGGACAACAAGAGUUUUGUGUCUGUUAGAGAUGCUACACUUUAAAGACUGGAAAGUUACACCCUAAGACUUUAUUUUAUUUACCCAUUUCAUCAAGAUUCUCCCGACAUUAUUGAUUGAAUGAAAAAAUGUAGACCAACAUCUAGUAUUUUUUUCUUCUCUUCGGGGGAGUGCCUAGCUGGAUGCCCAUCUGUAAACACUAUAGCUCUUUAUUUGAUGGGAUUGGAGUGUUGUAGCUGGUCUGAAACUCUAAUCUAUCAUCAUCUAGUUGUGAAAUCAAGACCAUUCUUCCCAGGUUGUCAUUUAAUGUGCGAUUUCCUAUCAGCUGUGCACAAUGAUUAUAUUUUAAAAAUCGAAUGAGGUGUCCCAUACCUUGUAAUGAAGAAUGCGCUUCAUCACUUUUGAAUGUUCGCCUUUCACUGACUAAUUUAUGCUUUGUAACUAAUUUGCAGUUUUUCUGAAAAUGCUGGAGUGUAAAAUUUUACAGUGAAAUGUGUGUUUGUGUGUGUGUGUACAUAAGAAGUGCUUUAUUAUUUUUUGUAUAUUUAUAAGGGUAUUUUGAAAUGUCAUUAUGAGAUAAUAUUUGGGAUCUAAUAGUAUUUAAAAUAAAAUUGCCAUUGAUUUAAAAAAAAA